AUGGCCGCCCGAUUUACUCCGCGUCUCUUCCAGGCCACCCGAGGCUACGCCUCCCAGGCUUCUGUCCGAGCUCCGCGCCAGCUUGACGGUCUUGCCGGCAAGUACGCUUCGUCCGCGUACGUGGCUGCUCUGUCCAAGGACAGCAAGACCCUCGAGAAGGUCGAGGCCGACCUUAAGGCCGUCCAGGCUGCUCUCACCGGUUCCGAGGGUGCCAAGCUUCAGACCUUCAUCUCCAACCCCACCCUCAGCGGUGCCGACCGAACCAAGGGCCUCGAGCAGCUCCUCUCCUCCGGCAAGGGCAAGGCUGAUCCCAUCACUCACAACCUCUUCACCGUGCUCGCUGAGAACGGCCGAUUGAGCGAGACCGAAAAGGUGAUUGAGGGUUUCCAAGACCUCAUGAGCGCAUACCGUGGUGAGGUCGAGGUUACCGUUACCUCGGCUACCGCUUUGGACAAGUCGACCGUCUCGCGCAUCGAGUCGGCACUCAAGGGUUCGCAGAUCGCCGCUAAGGGCAAUGGCAAGACGCUCAAGAUUGUGCAAAAGGUGAACCCUGCCAUUCAGGGUGGUCUCGUCGUCGACUUUGCCGGCAACACCGUCGACCUCUCGGUCGCAAGCAAGGUCAACAAGCUCAACGCUUUGCUUCAACAGGGUAUCUAA